AUUACACAAAAAAAACUUUGAUAAUAAUAAAAUCACUGUCGGCACCCACAAAAAACCAGCAAAAACAAGAAAAACACCAAGAACCAAGAACCAAAAACUCCUUCAAAUUCAAUUUUUUCCUUAUUAGAUCUGCAAAAAGAACCAAUCUUUAACACCCCUUUUACUUACAGAUCCAAAAAUCUGCAAAAAAAGAAAAAAAAUGGAUUCUUCAGAGCAACGUCGUAAGAGGAAAAGGAUUUUCAGACCAUCUUCUCCAACAGCAACUAUUGUUUAUUUCUUCUCUGUAAGGUCUUUUGUUUUAUGUUUUAGUUUUUUGAUUUUUCUUUUCCUUCUUUCUUAUCAGAUUCCUUUUAGUUCCUCUGUUUUUCGACCUGUUUUAGUUGUUUCAAGAUUGUCUUUACUGUCGUCUUCUUCUGAUUUUUUGUCUACUUCACAAUCAUUUCAAGAUUUUGGUAGUAGUUCCUUAUUGCAUUUACAAAUUGAGGGUCGGGUUUUGUUUCCUGAUCAUGUUUUGUUGUUGGUGAACAAAAAUGAUUUAUUCAGUAAAAAUACGAACUUUGAGUGUGUUUAUGGUAGAAAUAGUACUGGUGAUGAUGUUGGUGUUGUAAAGGAGAAAUCUUUUUCAGUAGAUGUUUAUGGUGAAUCUGAAUUUGGGGUUCUUGUUAGAUGCCCACUUCCUCCUGUUAAUUAUUCAGCUGUGGUGAAUUUGAGGAAGUUUAGUGGAAAUGGGCUGUGGAAAGAGAGUAAUCAGACAGUUAAUUCUUGGGAAAAUGUGGCUUAUGCUGCUACUUUGGAUGGGAACACAGUAGUUGUGUUUGUGAAGGGAUUGAAUUUGAGGCCUGAUAGAGAAUCCGAUUCGAGUCAGUUUAGUUGUUAUUUUGGUUUGGGAAAUUUCGAAAAAGAGGGAAGAUUUGCACUUAGGACAAAGGCUAUUACUGCUGCUCAAGAGGUUGUGAGGUGUGCAUUGCCAUUGAGUAUUAGGAAAACCCCUGAGAAGGCUCGAGGGAUACGAAUAACUAUCGGUAUGUUGCCUCAUAUUCAUGCUAAAGCUCAUGAACAUGUGCUUUUGCCUUCGGUAGCUAAGAUUACUGAAUUGAAAUCUGAGGGAAGGGGGAAUGUUGAAAAUGGGAAGUAUGAUCUUUGUGUGUGUACCAUGGUGUGGAAUCAAGGUUCAGCGCUUCGUGAAUGGAUUACGUAUCAUUCUUGGCUUGGAGUUGAGAGGUGGUUUAUUUACGACAAUAAUAGUGAUGACAAUAUAAAGGAUGUGAUUGAAGAGCUUGAGACAGAGAAUUACAAUGUCACACGACAUGUUUGGCCGUGGAUCAAGACUCAAGAAGCAGGUUUUUCGCAUUGUGCUCUUAGAGCGAAGAAAGAAUGUAAUUGGGUAUCGUUUAUGGAUGUGGAUGAGUAUUUCUACUUUCCGUAUUCUAAUCCAGGGCAUCAAAGUUUGAGAAGCACAGGUUAUGCGGGACAGGAUUCCCUUCGAUCCCUCGUGGCAAAUGUAUCAUCAUCGUCACCAGGAAUUGCGGAGAUCAGAACAACUUGCCAUAGUUUUGGACCGUCUGGUCUGAAUUCAGCUCCCUCUCAGGGUAUCACUGUCGGAUACACUUGUCGUCUUAAGAGCCCCGAGAGACACAAAUCAAUCAUACGUCCCGAUGCUUUGGACACCACUCUCCUCAAUGUGGUGCAUCAUUUCCACUUGAGGAAAGGAUUUAGGUACAUGAAUUUGCCACAAAGUACUGCAGUGAUAAACCACUACAAAUACCAAGUGUGGGAGGUAUUCAGGGCGAAAUUUUUCAGACGAGUAGCUACAUAUGUCGUUGAUUGGCAGAACAAUCAAAAUGAAGGAUCAAGGGAUAGAGCACCUGGUUUAGGGACAGAGGCCAUUGAGCCACCAAAUUGGCCAUUACAAUUCUGUGAAGUUUGGGAUACCGGCCUCCGAGACUUUGUUUUGUCAAACUUUGCUGAUUUAUCAACUGGUUUGUUGCCUUGGGAGAAGUCUUCUUUCUAAUCACUGAAUCCCAAUGACUAUCGUAGAGAAAGGAAGUCUAGAAGCUAGGACUUUAUUCUCCUUUGGACACGAACACUAUUCCGUUCUCAAUGGAAAUACGCCUUAAAGAUUGAACAACAAUAAGAGAACUCAACGUUCAAUCUAAGCUAGGGAGCUUGAAAAAAAGGCCCGAAGCCAAUCCCAGGGAAUAGUAAAGUUUCGUAGGGUCUUUCUGUCCAGGUGCAGGUAGUCCGUCGUUGUAGAGAAGAUGAUCACUAUAAGAUUCAAUUCUUUCUUCAUUCCAUCGCGAUUGUAUCAAACUUUCCUUAGCUUUUGUAGACAAGAUAUCCACACAAUAGCUUAGAAUAGGAAUUUUUUCCUUCUUUUUUGAAUAUAUUUGUAAUCAUUCUACAGUGUAACAUGAUAUUUUUCAUUAAAUGAGAUCUACUCAGUCAAUUCUUUUAUCA